CCUCUUUUCAAUCACAACCUAAUAACGGUUAACAAAUUCAAAACAACAUAACCUCGGCACGGUGUUUUAUUUUCGUUAGCCUUUUUGUCAAUCGAGAAGCUUUGCGUUGGAGCGAAUCAAUUCUGGAACUAGGAUACAUAUAUCACCAUACCGCGCUCUCCUUCUCUCCCUUUCAAGUGUUAUCACGUGCGUGAGCUAAAUUCUACAAUCAGUGUAGGGUUGCACAAACAGAUUUAGGUUCCAAACUGUUUAAUUUCUCAGCGAGAAUGUUGUGAAAACUCGGUCUGAUAGAGGUCAAAUAUUGAGAUAAUUGGAACUGUGAUGAUGACAAGAGGCGGGAAGAAGAACUUUUGAGAAAUACCUUCUUCUAUGACCUUUAAUAACCGGUGGCUUUACUGCCUUCAUCCAUAUGAGAAGUUUCCCCUGAGCUCGAGACAUCUGCCGCGCACUUUGCGCUGUCCAAACUCUCUGCCACCGGGAAUAUUACGCGCGUUUUUGUCAUAGGUUGUUGUAUUACCACAUUGGGAAAUAUAGGGCGAUUGUUUCAUGGUAGACUUGGGUUGCAUGCAUCAAUGCCAAGAAAUUUCAUUAGGGGAACUUUGCCCAAGGAAAACGAGAGCCAUCUGUGUAGGAUGGAGCCGGUGGCCAAGGAGAGAGGGACAACAGAGAACGGAGGCAGCUCCUCUACGAGGGAGCAACGUUCCUCCUGCUCCAGCCUCAAGAUGUUCCUUGUGGCCCUAUCGUUUGCCUACUUUGCCAAGGCCUUGUCUGGCAGCUACAUGAAGAGCACAAUAACCCAGCUGGAGAGGCGCUUUGACAUCCCCAGUUACCUAACAGGCGUCAUCGACGGGAGCUUUGAGAUAGGUAACCUGUUGGUGAUAGCAUUCGUGAGUUACUUUGGUGCAAAGCUGCAUCGGCCCAAGAUCAUAGCAAUGGGCUGUGUACUGAUGGCAGUGGGAACAUUCAUCAUCGCUCUGCCACACUUCCUCAUCGGACGCUAUAAGUUCGACACGUCAAUCCGAUCGUCAGUGAAUUCAACCAAUAACCUCUCUCCAUGUCCAGCGCGCCUGUUGUCACCCUCCUCGCAAGCUUCGGGUGACCCGCUUUCUGAGGCACCAAGCACAGGGACAGUAGGUUGUGAAGGAGAGUCCAACCUCUCCAUGUGGAUCUAUGUGUUCCUGGGGAACGUCUUACGAGGGAUCGGGGAGACUCCAGUGCAGCCCCUUGGGAUCUCGUAUAUAGAUGAUUUCGCCAGGGAGGAAAAUGCUGCAUUUUACAUUGGCUGCGUUCAGACCAUAGCAGUCAUUGGUCCUGUGUUUGGCUAUUUACUGGGAUCCCUGUGUGCCAAAAUAUAUGUGGACAUUGGAUUUGUCAACAUGGAGAGUAUCACCAUAAGCCCUGGUGAUGCUCGCUGGGUGGGGGCCUGGUGGUUAGGUUACCUUAUUGCUGGGGUAAUCACCCUGCUUUCAGCCAUCCCCUUCUGGUUCCUGCCCCGUUCCCUGCCCAUCCCAUCAGACCGAGGCCCAGCCCAGUGCACCCCGGAGCGUACUAGCUUCAUCAAAGACCCCCCUCUCCUAGAGCAUAAGUACCAAGCCGACGAGCCAGCUGGCUUUCUGGAGAUGGCCAAAGAUUUCAUACCAACGUUGAAAACCCUCCUGGGGAACCCAGUGUACUUCAUCUACCUGUGUGUGACCAUCAUUCAGCUGAACUCUCUCAUCGGCAUGGUAACCUACAAGCCCAAGUACAUAGAGCAACAUUACGGACAGUCAGCAUCAAAAGCCAAUUUCCUGAUGGGUACAAUCAACAUCCCUGCCGUGGCGUUGGGAAUUUUCACUGGCGGCCUGCUCAUGAAGAGGCUGAAGCUGAGCAUCAUGGGAGCAGCCAAGUUUGCGUUCGGCACCUCUCUGAUAGGCUACUUCCUAUCCCUCUUCUUCUUCGUCAUGAGCUGCGAGAACAUCAAAGUGGCUGGGAUCACGCUGCCCUACAACAGGGUGGGUGGUGUAUCGUAUGAGGAGCGCUCAGUAUUCUCAGCCUGUAACUCCGACUGUGUUUGUUCAGGCAGAGACUGGGACCCUGUCUGUGGAGAAAACGGCAUCACGUACGUCUCUCCCUGCCUGGCUGGCUGCCAGACCUCCACAGGAUCAGGGAAGAACACGGUGUUCUCUAACUGUAGCUGUGUGGUGGCAGCAGGAAUGAGCAGUGGUAACCUGACAGCCAGUGUAGGCCACUGUCCUCACAGAGACGACUGUGACCGUGUCUUUCCUUACUUCCUGGCUCUUUCUGUCAUCACUUCCUUUAUCAUCUCCCUGGGUGGCACGCCAGGCUACAUGGUCCUCAUCAGGUGUAUCAAGCCUCAACUGAAGUCCUUAGCUCUGGGGUUCCAUACUCUGUCCACACGUACACUUGCGGGCAUCCCAGCGCCCAUCUACUUUGGGGCGGUCAUCGACACCACGUGUCUGAAGUGGGGCCAGAAGAGAUGCGGAGGGAGAGGAGCCUGUCGGAUAUACAACACUACAGCAUACAGGAUAGCUUACCUGGGUCUGACUAUGGGCCUGAGGACAGUUUCCUUUCUGCUGUGUAUACUGGGAUUCGUGCUGCUCAAACAACACCUGCGGAGAGAGGAAUGCAGCGCCCACCAAGUGGCCAAUGGCGGAGCAGAACUGGAGGCACUCAGGAAAGAGGAGGUCCUAGCCUCCAACUCAGACCAAUCGCUACAGACUUCCACAACAGACUACAACAACACAGAGAGAGAGACACGGCUGUGACAGUUUGAGACAAUCUCCCCUGAUCCCUCACGUUACUCAGACACACACAAACACUAGAUUUGCAGGAACCAACAACGGGCUGUGCCUGACCAUCUCAUCUCAUAGAACAUAAAUGAUGUAUUUGUACUGUACCUGUCUAGGUUAUGUAUAUUUAAAAAUAUACAGUUGAAGUCGGAAGUUUACAUACACCUUAGCCAAAUACAUUUAAACUCAGUUUUUCACAAUUCCUGACAUUUAAUCCUAGUAAAAAUUCCCUGUCUUAGGUCAGCACUUUAUUUUAAGAAUGUGAAAUGUCAGAAUAAUAGUAGAGAGAAUGAUUUACUUCAGCUUUUAUUUAUUUCAUCACAUUCCCAGUGGGUCAGAAGUUUACAUACACUCAAUUAGUAUUUGGUAGCAUUGCCUUUAAAUUGUUUAACUUGGGUCAAACAUUUCGGGUAACCUUCCACAAGCUUCCCACAAUAAAUUGAGUGAACUUUGUCCCAUUCCUCCUGACAGAGCUUGUGUAACUGAGUCAGGUUUGUAGGCCUCCUUGCUCGCACACACUUUUUCAGUUCUGCCCACACAUUUUCAAUAGGAUUGAGGUCAGGGCUUUGUGAUGGCCACUCCAGUACCUUGACUUUGUUGUCCUUAAGCCAUUUUGCCACAACUUUGUAAGUAUGCUUGGGUCAUUGUCCAUUUGGAAGACCCAUUUGCGACCAAGCUUUAACUUCAUGUAUGAUGUCUUGAGAUGUUGCUUCAAUAUAUCCACAAUUUUCCAUCCACGUAAUUUUCCAUCUAUUUUGUGAUGUGCACCAGUCCUUCCUGCAGCAAAGCACCCCCACAACAUGAUGCUGCCACCCCCGUGCCUCACGGUUGGGAUGGUGUUCUUCGGCUUGCAAUCCUCCCCCUUUUUCCUCCAAACAUAACGAUGGUCAUUAUGGCCAAACAGUUCUAUUUUGUUUCAUCAGAACAGAGGAUAUUUCUCCAAAAAGUACAAUCUUUGUCCCGAUGUGCUGUUGUAAGCUGUAGUCUGGCUUUUUUAUGGUGGUUUUGGAGCAGUGGCCUCUUCCUUGCUGAGUGGCCUUUCAGGUUAUACCUUCAGGCGUUUGGAAAUUGCUCCCAAGGAUGAACCAGAUUUGUGGAGGUCUACAAUUUGUUUUCUGAGGUCUUGGCUGAUUUCUUUUGAUUUUCCCAUGAUGUCAAGCCAAGAGGCACUGAGUUUGAAGGUAGGCCUUGAAAUACAUCCACAGGUACACCUCCAAUUGACUCAAAUUAUGUCAAUUAGCCUAUCAGAAGCUUCUAAAGCCAUUACAUAAUUUUCUGGAAUUUCCCAAGCUGUUUAAAGGCACAGUCAACUUAGUGUAUGUAAACUUCUGACCCACUGGAAUUGUGAUACAGUCAAUUAUAAGUGAAAUAAUCUGUCUGUAAACAAUUGCUGGAAAGAUUAUUUGUGUCAUGCACAAAGCAGAUGUCCUAACCGACUUGCCAAACCUAUAGUUUGGGUGAGUGGUUGAAAAACGAGUUUUAAUGACUCCGACCUAAGUGUAUGUAAACUUUCGAUUUCAGCUGUAUAUGUUUUUGAUAUAACUGAAGUAUUUCAUAGAUGUACCUGCUGUAUUUUACAAAACCACAAAUGUAAUUACAUAGAAUGUCAUCUUUGUUGUUGGUACAAAGAAAGUAUUUAAUUGGAUUUGUUAACCAUUGGUUAAUUGUUUUUACUGCAGCAAGAGUCCAGUUUCGGUCACUGAGUAUUUUUGUAACAACUCUCAAGGUCGUCUACAUUAUAAUAUUGUUAGACAGCCUCAAUCUGUUGAAAGAGAAUGUCAGACAUUCUGCGUUUCUCUACUGUAACAUUGCCAAAUUGUGAUCUCAAUAGCCCUUUUUAUACUUGGUUCUAACAUGCACCCUUCGUGCUGAUAUUGUCCUGAUCUUGUCUGUUUUACACGUAUACACAGCAAAUUGGUUAGUGUUACCUAGUGUUGAUAUUUCUGUUUAACAUUUGUAGUGUUGAUUCAGGUGGUAAAUUUAACACUCAGUGGUUUAAAAGAAACCCGCUGUUGGUAUUAAUUAAUAACCAGUGGUAAACCAAAACCACACCCAUCAGUAUCAUAUUUCCCAGCAUGCUCUACUGCAGGUAGAUUUCUUGGAAUUGUUUGUUUCGAUAUCUCUGUUUUUGCAUGUACAUUUAUUGAUUAAAUAGUUUGAUUCAACUCAAAUAUAACAUGCAUUUUUCUAAACUAAUCAAAUAUGUUACUUGGACUUAUUGUACCCGGCACUGAAAUGGUUGUUACAGUUUCAAUUCUUUAGGUUGUCUCAUCUCUUAUCCUUCCCAAACCAGUAAUCGGUGAACAAAAAUUCCAAAUGUUGGCUAUCCCCACUCUGGCUGGAUUACAAGAGGAAUUACACAUCACAGCAUUAUGUGACGUGCAGGCCUGAUUUUCCAUGUAAAGUGAAGGCUACGGGACUGAAAACAGAUGAAUGCAACAACCAUGUCUCUGUCACUAAGAAAUACAGUCAUGGGUGGUAUCUCUGCAAUUCACUUGAAAGGCAAGGCACUCUGGGAAAUAUGCAAAUAAUGCUUUACACUAAGCAGUGUGUUAAUUUAACACUGAAAAGUGUGGACUGGUAUAGACAUUGCACCAGUGUUAAAUGUAACAUUCUCAGUGUUGAUUUAACACUGGAGAAUUUGCUGUGUAAGAUCUGAUCACAAUACACCUUUUAAUUGUCUACACCGGUCUAAAAAUGUGGGCACAAUCAGAAUGUUGACAAAAUCAGGACAAAGGACACAUUAGCACCAGGUAUAAACAGGGCUACUGUUCAUCAUGUCUGUGUGACUGUUAUGCUACAGGAGAUGCCACUGUGCCAGUUUACCUUAGCUGUUCUCUGCCUAAGGUGUGUAGCAGGAAUGUUCCUAUUUCAGUUCUGAUCAAAUCCACUAGGUGGCAGUAUUGCAUACUGGUAGUAAAUCCAUCUCGGACUUGAAAAUGUCAGUAUUAUUACAAUGAAUUGUGAUACAAUUAACAACUCAAAGAUCAUUAUAGAUAUAAAAUGCACAUCCACUGGACCACUACACUGUCUACCAUCAGUGACUAUCCACUGUAGGUGCCAUAUUCAUUAUGAGAAGUAAAGCACAUUUGCAUAAUU